AUGUUGAUCGAAAAGCAAUCGCUUCCACCCACAGUGGAUGACUGGGGCACCUCCAGUCCGGAUCCGGACAAGCAGUCAAGUGGCCCAGAGCAGCACCCUCUCAAUAAUUGGUCAGAAGCUGAAGAACGAGCCGUGAUCCGCAAGCUCGAUUUCCUCAUCAUGCCUCUCCUCAUCGCCGGCUUCUUUGUCUUGCAACUCGAUCGCGGCAACAUCGGCAACGCCCUAACAGACUUCUUCCUCGCCGAAGUAGGGAUCACUCAAUUUCAAUUCAACAUCGGCAACCAACUCCUCAGUCUAGGCAUUGUGCUACUUGAGCUGCCCAGCAACCUCAUUCUCUAUCGUGUCGGUCCUCAGAAAUGGAUCAGCUGCCAGAUCUUUUGUUGGGGUCUGGUAGCCACCUUCCAAGCGUUCAUCAAAGGAAAAGGCGUUGGCGCCUAUUACGCUACCAGACUGUUGCUAGGUCUUCUUGAAGCCGGCUUCAUUCCUGCAGGCUUGUACACUUUGACACAAUGGUACAAGCGUAAUGAGAUGAGCAGACGCUUCACCGCGUUCUUCCUUGGCAACAUGACUGCUUCAGCAGCAAGUGGUCUCAUUGCCUACGGUAUUCUUCAAAUGCGAGGCACAGCAGGACUAUCUGGUUGGCAGUGGAUGUUCCUGAUUGAAGGCAUAAUCACAAUACUUGUCGGCAUCGUUUUCGCCCUUUUCAUGCCUCACUCCCCUGGAAAUCCAUCAAAUAUUCUGCGUCACUCAUAUUUUACGUCACGGGAGAUCCAUAUUCUUACCCAUCGUGUGGCCAAUGACAAUCCCACUGAAGGCACCAAGCACAAGUAUGUCAGAUGGGCUGACCUCAAGGCAGCAUUCUCCCGAUGGUAUGUCUACCCACAGCUUACCGUCUCCUUCUGCUGCAUCGCCAUUAUUUCGCCACUUGGAACGUAUCAACCAUCGAUCAUCGCAAGCUAUGGCUACGAUCGUCUUCAAGCAAACGCACUGUCUUCUGUCGGCAAUUGGAUCGUUAUUGUCCUGAAUCUAUCGUUUGGGUGGAUUGCCGAUAAGACACAGAGGCGAGGAGGCCUUAUUUUCCUUGCUGCUGUGCUAAGUUUUGCAUUCUGUCUUGCGACCAGACAACUCGUUACGAGCACAAAUCGGGAUCUCAAGUACGGAAUCCUCACUUGCACCACACUGUGGGGUUCUGUGGCUCACCCUCUGAACGGCUCCUGGCUUGCCGUCAACAUUCGUAAUCCUGCAGAGCGAUCUAUUACGAUGGCUCUACUCGUCAUGACUGCGAACGCUGCUGGUUUGGCAGGUGCUCAGAUCUUUCAGGCACAUGACGCACCACUCUAUAGGACGGGUUUUACUGUCAUUCUCACUCUGGCGUCCAUCGCUUUGGUGUUUGCGAUUGGCGCCAAUGCACAGUAUUUGUGGCUUAACAAGAAGCUAUCCCGGAAGGAAGAAGCAGAGGAGGGAGUAGGGCAAGCAAUAGCUGAAGGGAACAAAUGGCGAUUCUCAUUGUAG